CUGUCUUCCACGGCGCGGGCGCCGUCGACUAUAGACUGAACCGCGACUAUGCUCAGUGCUCGGGCAGUGCCGGUGCCUGCCCAGAUGACAGGGUCGGCGGAAGUGAUGACGUCAGCGCCAUCUCUGGAGCGAUUGAGAAUGGCAUUACGACGAUAACCUUUGCGCGUCCUGCGCAAACCGGUGAUCAGCUAGAUCGGAUGUACCACACGCUGGUUAGCGACAGAGGUCAGUACAUCGUGUGGGGCGUCGGACCCAUCAACGCCGACGGUGUCGUCGCCAAGCACAGCAAACGCACGCAAGGAAACAUUCAGAUUAACUUCGCCAGGAGUCCAGAGAACAACUGCAAGCCGCUGCGCGCUGGCAGCCAGGUGGCGCUACCGGCGUGGCCGCCUCACUCCCUGCUGGGUUCCACAACGGACACGUUCACGUUUAGAAUCGGUCCGACGGGCGGCGAGCGAGGCUACACCGCACUCACAGGUACGACGGCGUGGGGUGUCGCUUACUACGUUAACGACAUUCUUAUUCCCGAGCUGGUGCUGAAGCGCGGUGUGACGUACACGUUCGUCGUGCAGACGGGAAACAAUGCGAACUUCACGGCCGAGUAUCACCCCGUCUACAUCACCGACGAUCCGAACGGCGGCUACGUGCAGCAGACGAAUUACUCAUACUACAUCGCGUACGGCAUCGGCUCCGACGGGCGCCCCCUGGCGGAUGCUACGGGGACGCUGUGCGAGUGGCAGACAGAUGGCGCUCGCUCGCCGGACUUCUACAGCACGUUCGAUGCGUACAAGGAGCAGAACCUGAGACUAGCGUGCGUGCAGCCGCAGCGUCAGGGUGCCUUCAAGUGGACGCCUGACGCUUCCACACCGUCCGAGCUCUACUAUCAGCAUGCAAGUCAUCAAGGCAUCAGGUGA